GGCACUGGAGAAGAACAUUGGUACACCGUGUUGUUGGAAUGUGAAUGUCCUGUUUCUUUUUACUUUCUCACACGUCCAAAAUAUAUACAGGGGAAUAUUGAAGGAAUUCCAGUCACGUUGUAAUUAAACGUAGUGGUAACCUGAUGGCACCUACUAGCAUAGAAGAGCUUCCCGAGGAGCUUUUGCUGGAGGUGUUCACUUACUUACCAUUUUCUGACAUCGUCACUUGCUCCCGAGUGAGUAGGCGGUGGCAGAGUGUGACGCACAGUAGCCGCCUGUGGAGGAACUUACGGUACCGGGGCAAAGGCGAGAACAGGCUGAAGGAGGCGUUCGAGAUCACGAAGCUGGCGCACGGCUUCCACAGCCUGUCGCUGGAGCUGUGCCACGGCACGGGCGUGACGAUGUCGCGGGGCGAGAUCCUCGUGUCGCUCUCCCCGCUGGCGUGGGUGGCGUUCCGGCCGACACUGGCGGAGGUGGUGGAGCGGCUGUCGCCGGACCUCACGGAGCUGACGGUGGCGGGUCCCGGCCACCUGGAGCACCACCUGCGCCUAGUGCACCGGCUGCUGCUCGUCGCGCCCUUCCGCCGCCUCACGUCGUUCCGCGCGCUCUCGCAGUGCGGUACUGUGGUGGACGACGCGACUCUGGGGGUGCUCUGCGAUCACUGCCCUCUGCUCGAAACUCUCGUCCUCGAAGGAUGCCCCGCGGAUCGGCUGACGGCCACGGGCGGCCUGGCCCAACUCUGCCGGCUGCCGAGGUUGCGGACCCUGCGGCUGGACCGCAAGCUGUCCUUCGAAGACUUCAGCGAGAUGGCGGCGUGUCUGAACGAGCGACUGCGCCGACCGGACGCGGCGGUGCACUGCGGCUGCAAGGCGCACGACCUGUCUUUCCUGACGCAGUGCCGCGGGCUCGUCUCGCUGCACCUGUCGCCGUGCGACGAGUUCGCGUGCGCGCUGCCGCGGCUGCGCUCUCUGACGCUGAAGUGCGACGACGUGCAGGCGGUCGGGGACCGGCUGGACGCGGCGGUGCGGUUGCUGCCGCAGCUGCGCGAGCUGUGCCUGCUCGGUCGCUGGUGGGUGGGCGACGAGCACUUGCGCCGCAUCCGCGCCGUCGCGCCCGUCUCUUACCUGUACCGGUCGGAGCUGUCGACCACGGGCAAGGUGUGCCUCGGAAUCAGGUUUGAGAGGUCCUAACGGACGUGUGCCACGAUCGAGGGUAUUUCUCGUGUACACAGCUAUUUAACUUUUCUGUAUUCGGUGCCCUUCGAUCUCGUAGCGAGAUCUGUGAAUCGGAGUACUGUGUGUAUAAUUUGUUUGUAUUACUGCUGUCAGUAGUUCCUUGUGAGUGUAAUACUUUUGUUUUGUUCUUUAGAGACUGUUGUUAUUUUAUUAGUGUUAGUUUAAAAAGGAAAAUUCACUGUGUCAAUAUAGGCAGAAAUGCUGACCAAAACUUCCCUUCAGAAGGUGAAAUAUUUAGCACUGCCAAGAAGGAAAGACUGGUAUGUUGGGGAAGGUUUAAGGAUGAGAAUGCGUUGUGAUACACUGGAUUCAACAGCAAAGUUACUAAACUUGCUAUCGCUGAUGAGACAGGUAAGAGCACUGAAUUCUCUGGCUCUUUAGAAGUGUUUGUGCAUUGCUGUAGUCACCUGUACUCUGUAAGUUGUAAUGCACCUCUUUCUCU